GCAUUUACUUUCAAGGGUUUGUGUUGCCGAGUUACUUAAACUUUAAAAAUAUGUCUUUGCAUUCGGAAGAGCUAGGAAGUCUUAUGGCCGUUAUUGGUGAUGAGGACACCUGUGUCGGCUUCUUGCUCGGUGGUAUUGGAGAAGUCGGCGAGGAUCGUGAGACCAAUUUCAUGGUCGUGGAGAAGGACACGACUCCCGGCCAGAUUGAGGCGUGUUUCAAGAAGUUCCUGCGGCGGCCAGAUAUAGCCAUCAUUCUGAUCAACCAGGUGUACGCGGACCUGAUUCGCCCCACCGUCGAUGCCCACGACCUGGCCGUGCCCACUGUGCUGGAGAUUCCCUCGAAGCAGCAGCCCUACGAUGCCUCCAAGGACUCGAUUCUGAAGCGGGCCCAAAGCGUUUUCAGCCCGCCCGAGAGGCGCUACUAGCGGCUCAACUUUGCCAAUCAGUUCCGGGAUCGAAGUGUGAGUCUAAUGAAAGAUUUGCAUAGUUCUCAAAUGCACACCGAAUGCCAAUGCCAGUGCUACAAAGUCGUUUGAAUUGUUCUUGAAAAAAGAUACCUACGCAGAUAUGUACAUACACACGUAUACUCACACAAAUGAUGGGAGAAAAUAAAGCUUAUACGUACAUCAGGCAACUUUUCAGCUUUUGCGUUUUAAGGAAAUUGCCAAAAAACUGCAGCGGCAACAAUCUGAAAAGAGGAAAACAACACAAAUGCGUUGCGCUUGCAACAAAAUUGAAAACAGCAACCACACAAAAACAAAUGCAAGAGAAAGAAAAGCCAUGGCAAAAGUACAACAAAGUGAACGAAAACGAUACAAAUAAGCGCUGAAAUGCCAAUACAUGGCAAAAAUGCGAGAAGAAAACCAAACCGAAUAAAGCCAAAUAAAACAAAACAGCGAACCGAAAAAGGCACAACAGAAAACUAACAAAAUAAAAACUCUUAAAAAGACAGCACAAUUUACGUUGUCUGGAUGGAUCUGGACCCAUUUGCAGGGAAAGUCGGGGAAAAGCGACUUCUUACGGGCUGCUUAGCGCAACAAAAGCAUGCGAAAACAAUAUUCGAGCAAAGUAUUUUGCGCCAACUUUUCGCACCAAGAAGUUGGCGCCGAGAAUGCAUUCAGAAACUUCUGCUCCAGUGACAAGUUUGCCGGAUCGGGAACCGAACCACCCAGAAUCGCAGGAGGACGUAUCCCUGGUGGCUCCACAAAAGCGCAGCCUAUAAGCAGGCAACUCCCGGACCUCCAACACUCCAAAGGCCGCCUGAAGCUCGGCUAUAAAAUGCUUAAAACUUAGUCAGAAGGCAGUUCGAAAAUUAAUUUACAGACAAUUGCAAUGGACUUUUACGCUUCUAUUCGGUUUGGCAGGCAUAAAGUUACACACUUAAAACUCACCAAUAAAACAUGUUCAAUUUUGUGGAUCAAGAAGCCAUAAGACUCUAGAUAGAUAGAUAGCUGAUAAGUUUGUGAACU